AUGUUCAGCAAGUCCUUCGCCUCCCUCGCCGUGCUCUCCUGUAUGCUCCUGGUUGGCGCUUCUCCCGCAAAUAUCGCUCGUGCUGAUCCUUCGACUAUGGUUGCGUCCACCACGGAUGGCCUACAAACGACCUCGACCACCACCGGUUCUAACUCUGGCAUCGGCCCUGCGGCGACCAGCACGACGGUGUCCGAGUCGGUCACCGGCACCGUCUCCGUGGAGACCAGCGCGACUGCUUCUACGCCUGCCGCCAGUACUACCGCGGCGACGAGUACGAUGACUGGCCCUGCGGACACGAGCACGAACACGGCCCCUGGUAGCGCUUCUGGCUCUAAUCCUGCGGCCGCGAGCGCCGUCACGCUGAGCAGUAUCGUCGGAGCCAGCCAGAUCUUCAGCUCAGCGAUCUCUGUGAUAGGCACUGACCCAAAGGUCACCGCCUAUAUCACUAUCACUCUCGCUACCGCUGGCAGCUCGACGACCGUCUUCGCCGGCCACACGCUCGUUGCAGACAUCACGAACAGCAAACAAGGGAGCGGCGCCGCGGGCUUGACCAUCUCGAAGGGUCUGCUGUCGGGCGCUGUUACCAUCGUCGGUGCUGUUGCUGUCGGCGCAGUCGUGGCGCUCUGA